GCCACUACCAACGGCAAGAACGUUUUGGUAAUUAUAUACAUGCGAUUAUUUAUUUUGACAGUUAAACAAUCUUAAAUUAAGCGAUACGUUUCUAAAGGUUGUCGUGAUUUCUUGGGUACAACUAAUCAGAAGGACAAAGAGAAAUUCCACUCCACGCGGAAAAUUUCGCCUAAUUCAUGGAAAACGGUCUUAGGCCUGUUCUAAACGUCGCAUUCUACAUGUACCGAAUGCAUUCAAAACAAUAGAUAAUCAGCUAAAAUCCUCGUUAUCCAUUGUUUUGAAUUAUCCAUUAACCGACGUUUAGAACAGGUUCCACUAACGAAUCUCUUUGCGCAAAGCGAAUUUUCUAUUGUUUAAAUUGAAAAGUAUUGAUUAAAAAUCUAAUUGUUGCAGUCAAGAGCUCACAAUACAAAAGAUUCGCGCGAACAACAACUUGAUGUUAUAUCGUGUGUCAGAUAUCUGAGAGGUCAGGUCGACUAUGUACAACCAUCAUUAUCACCUAUAUUAAUCAUCCAUGAAAGGUUAAGGUUACAGGACACCCUUUUUGGCGUUUUGCGGAAAAUCGCUACUGCGCAGUCCGAUUUUCAUCAAAUUUGCACCAAAUGUUCUCCAGUACAUGCAAAAUAUGGUAAAGUUGUAAAAUUAACAAACAAUAAAAUAAUGUAAGAAUUAUUCAGGAAAAUCUUAAAUCGCGGUGCCGUUACGCUUUUGAGUUGUGCUCCUGCUGGUUUUAAGUUAUAUUUAUGAAAAUAUCAUUUUUAUACAGCAAAAUAGUUGUUCUAAAAAAUUGUGUUCGGAAAUUUUUGUUUAUUUCGUCAUUCCGCUGAUAUGGCGAUUUCUUUGACGACUGCAAUAUAUUUCUGAAUCGUUUGAGUGAAUUGCUCUUUAUUACUAAAAUAUCUAAAAUUAAAAAAAAGCCGAACACAAUUUUGAAGCUGACGUAUUUAGCUAUGUCCUGUGAAAAUUUGAGAAAAAUUGGUUAAAACCCGCAGGAGCACAACUCGUUUGAAAAUCAGUAAUUACCGUAAACAUUUUCGGGAGAAAAUUGAAUUUGAAUAUUACAUUUUCAAUGCUUUUCUUAUUGCAGCGAAAUGUAUUUUAUUAAAUAACUCCGCGAGUUUUCAACAUUUUUCGUUCAAACUUGGUCAGAUAGUAGAACUAGUCUAAUGCUUUCAUGGAAAGCAAUAAAAAAAUUUUAGACAAAGUUAACACUCAAAGGUGUUCUGUAACCUUAAUACACGCAUUAGUCAUAGUUCUGUAAAUUUAAGUGGGCGGGCUUUUUUCGCAACGAGUUAGCGCUUGUCUUGGCGCGCGAUAUUUUAAUUCUAUUUCAGGACCAUCCUCAGAGACAUGACAUGUACUAGUUUUAUAUUUAUUUAUAAGCUGAAUGUCAGAUAAAUAUGAAAAUAGUUUGUCAUAUCUCCUUGAGGAUGGUUUCAAAAUUUCUGAAGAUGUGUUAGUGACGUAUAAAUUUUGCUUUUUCGAACUUUCAAACUCGUUCACAAGAUAGAUUGAGAAAUGUUUCUGCUACAGUGCCUUGUUCUGGCUUUUAGUUUUCAUACUUUUUAAUUUCAUAGUUUGUAUCUUUUCUAUUCUGCAGCUCCACCAGAACCGUCACCAGAACCGUCACCAGAACGGCGGCGCGAAGAACGGCGCCGCGCCGAACGCCGUCGCGCCGAACGCCGUCGCGCCGAACAGUUUCAAGGUAAUUAUUCUGUUUAUAUACAUGUGAUUAUUUAUUUUGACAGUUAAACAAUCUUAAGCGAUUCUUGGGUACAACUAAUCAGAAGGACAAAGAGAAAUUCCGCUCCACGCGGAAAAUUUCGCCUAAUUCAUGGAAAACGGUCUUGGGCCUGUUCUAAACGUCGCAUUUUAUAUGUACCGAAUGCAUUCAAAACAAUAGAUAAUCAGCUAAGAUGCCUCAUUAUCCAUUGUUUUGAAUUAUCCAUUAACCGACGUUUAGAACAGGUUCCACUAACGAAUCUCUUUGCGCAAAGCGAAUUUUCUAUUGUUUAAAUUGAAAAGUAUUGAUUAAAAAUCUAAUUGUUCCAGUCGAGAGCUCACAAUACAAAAGAUUCGCGCGAACAACAACAUGAUGUUAUAUCGUGUGUCGGAUAUCUAAGUGGUCAGGUCGACUAUGUACAACCAUGAUCAUCAGCUAUGUUAAUCAUAUAAUAGCCGAGCAAUUAUUUAGUCCUUGAUUCUUAAGGUUUACAUGGCUUGCGCUGUUGACUCCAGGUUAAUACACGCAUUAGUUAUAGUUCUGUAAAUUUAAGUUGCUGGGAUAUUUUCGUAACGAGUUAGCGCUUGUCUUGGCGGACGCGCGAUAUUUUAAUUCUAUUUCAGGACCAUCAGAGACAUGACAAACUAGUUUCAUAUUUAUGUGCUGAAUGUCAGGUAAAUAUGAAAAUAGUUCCUCAUAUUUCUUGAGGAUGGCUCCUUGAGAUGUUUUUUUUUUAAAAAAGAUAAAAAAGAUAUAUGCAGCCUUCAUGUAACGGUUUCAAAAUAUUCUGAAGAUGUUUUAGUGACGUACAAAUUUUGCUUUUUCGAACUUUCAAACUCGUCACAAGUUCGCCUUUUCGUUUCAUAUCUUUUAAUUUCAUAGUUUGUUUGUAUUUUUAGUUUGUAGGCUUGUUUAACAUAUCUUUUUUUUUAGUCCAAGCACGAUCUCCACCACCAAGGUCACCAUCUCCACCACCAAGGUCACCAUCUCCGCCACCAUCACCAUCCCCGCCAUCAUCACCAUCCCCGCCACCAUCACCAUCCCCGCCAUCAUCACCACCAUCGCCUGGCGAACGACCUAUUCAAUCAGGUAAUUAUAUAUAUAUGUUUAUAUAUAUGUGAUUAUACCGGGUGUCCCGAAAAAAACUAUACCCUGUUUGAUUUCAUGUAACGUGAAACCAAUAAAAGCUAUUUCAGCUAAAAUAAAAAGCAUUGCAUACACAAAGGAUUAACUUAGAUUUUGAUUUUUCUCAUUUAAUUUUCCGCGCGAUAUUAAUUUGCUGAGCUAUUGACGUUCCAAAGUUGAACCACCAUUUCUGAAAAGAUAAAAAAUUAGCAUAAAACAGCAUACCAAAUUCCAUUUCAUUCCGUAUACCGUUGUGCUCUAGCGUAUUCGAUACAAAUCCAGACUAUUUUGUCUUUUGUUAACUGAAGCAUCUUUAAGAAUAAAAUUGCGAAUUUGAAUCCCAAGGGACAUCAAAUGAACUUUCUUUUACAGUCAAUUUCAGCUGACUUUUCAUCGUAAGAUUCCGAACUUCGUUCCGAACUUCGCAAAUUCGUUGCCAAGUUCAAAAGUUCAUAAUGAAAUUCACAAACAGGUUUGUAAACAGGGCAUUUGAUUGGCUGGUUUGAUUUAAUAGCCAAUCAGAGGCUUUGUUUACAAACCUGUUUGUGAAUUUCAUUAUGAACUUUUGAACUUGGCAACGAAUUUGCGAAGUUCGGAACGAAGUUCGGAAUCUUACGAUGAAAAGUCAGCUGAAAUUGACUGUAACGUAAAUUAUUACUUUGUUUUAUUUUACUUUUGAAAAGUAAAUCUGCAGGGAAAUAAUCUAAGAUAAAAUCACUGAAGUUAAAAAGAUUUUAUGUAAGUGACAACUGCUUUCAAUGUAAUUUGAUGCGGCGAUUUUUGUCGUUAUUUCACCAAUUUCUAAAACUCCUCGCAACUUCAAACACUUGUAUUUCCGUCAAUAUUGCACGAAAAAUUAAAUGUUAUAUAUCAAAAUGUAAGUUAAUCUUUUGUAAAUACAAUGGUCUUUAUUUUAGUGAAAUAGCCUCCAUAGGUCUUGCGUUACAUGAAAUCAAAGAGGGUAUAGUUUUUUAGGGGACACCCGGUAUAUUUUUUGACAGAUGAACUAUUUCAAGCGAUACACAGUAAAAACAAAUUGGUUAAAAUGACCAAUUUAAAUUGGUUGCAACCAAUUUAAAUUGGUCAUUUUAACCAAUUGAAGAAUAGGUUAGUCUGACAUGACCAAUUAAAUAUUGGUCAUUUCGACCAAUACAUAAUUGGUUGAAUUUUUAACCAAGUUAAAAUAAACCCUGGGUCUCAUUUAAACGGGGCCUAAGUAGGCUGAGGCGGUUUUUCGGUAUACCGGAAAAUACCGAGUUUUUUUUUUUAAAUUUAUUUAUUUUUUGACACAAAUUGUUGCACAACCAUAUAUCCCAAUGUUGGUGUUAUAAUGCUCUCGUGCGGCUGUCAAAAACGUCAAGAUGUACAAGUUGUAAGAAGGUUGCAUGUGACAGUUUUAGGCAAAAGUUGUGUACGUAGUAUAUAAAUCGGCGUUUAAAUAUUUUUAAUAAUCCCAAAUAAUAGAAAUGAGUAAUUUAAAAACAUAGCUGAGCGGAAUUAAUAGCCUCGGGGGUGAUCAGAAAAUAGAGUGGGCAGUGAAUGUAGUUUUGACGUUCAUGAUUUUAAACAAGACCGCCUCACAAGACCGAUAUCACUUGCUAUUCGUAAUCGCACGAGAGUUGCGAUGCAAAUGCAAUACAUGUUGCCAAGCAAAUUCAGUUUCUCAUUCGACUUUUUUUUUCCCUUAUAGACGAAGUUUCUUCAACAACGCAAGGUAAGCGAUAGAUUUAUUUAGUAUGGUCAAUAUUUACACACAUUACUAUUUAAUACUAUUCAUCAUUUAUUGGGGGGGGGGGGCAUGUGUGGUAUUUGCAAUUUUUUUUCCCGGGCCGACUCUCAGAGAAAGUUAGAUCUUCGGUCCUCCCGUAUCUUAACAAUAGAUUUUCAGGUCCCCCUAGAACUACCGUCAUGUCGUUGACUGAAGGAAUAUCACAUUUACUUUUUUGUUCUGCAGCUAUUGCAAUUUCUAAAUGCAUAUACAGCUAUUUGAGAAAAGGUUGUCCUUUGCAAACUUUAAACGUUAAACAUUAAAGUCUGAGCGUGCAAAUCAUAAUGGGAGCAUCUUUUAAUCAGUUUAGAAAUCAUAGAUGGCGCUCCCUAUUUCUUGGAAACAUGGUAAAUAUCUCCUUACGAGAACAAUUCAUUUACAAAUAGCAGCAAUAUUCAACUACUAAGCUUCAACUACUCGUGCUCUCAUUAAGCUUUGCGCUCUUAGAGUUUAAGGUUUAUCAUCUCCAGUGUGUGACGUCAAAAACUGCCCGACUUGCGGUUGGCCUACAUGUUGUCAAGCAAACUUCUCAUGUUCUUCGCCAUGUUUUUCCCUUAUAGCUCGUCCUGUGGAGGUGAUUAUCGUGAGCGAUGACGAUAACUAA